AUGGAUGUCAAAACAACCUUCUUAAAUGGUGACUUGCAUGAAGUGGUCUAUAAGGACCAACCUGAAGGUUUUCAGGAUAAAGGCAAGACCCACAAGGUGUGUAGGCUUAAAAAGUCCAUCUAUGGUUUAAAACAGGCUUCUCGACAAUGGUAUCUUAAGUUCCAUGAAGUUUUAACAAACUUUGAUUUUAAGGAAAAUCUAGUGGAUUCAUCUAUUCGAUUCUCUAAGAAUAACAAAACUACUGGAGGAUCGAGGCAUAUUGAUAUCAAGUAUCUUGCUGAAAUUGGGUUUAUCAGCUAUGGUGUACCAUACUUGGGAAGAAAGAAUGCCAGAAUCUUUAGAAGGAAGAAAGCUUCGCAGAAGGUUGUCUAUGCCAAGAUCUCUUCCACCAUUGCUGCUAUUUUGAAGCUUGGCUGUCUUAAGGAUUGCUCGGCAUCUAAAUCUAUCCUCAUGGACUGGAACAGCUCACCAUCUUCUACAAGACCUCCUCCGCGCCCUCCAGACUGA